CAUAAACGGCAUGACUCCACCGCAUUUAAAAGAAGGGUCCCUAAUGUCCAACAGACUAAUUUUUGUUCACCAUGUUCAAGUCAGUUGUACUUGUCAGCCUAGCCGCCGCUGCCUGUGGCCAAUAUGCAGGUCAUCAGGGCGUACCUCAGUACGGUGCCCCCCAACAAGCAGUUCCGCCUGGCCCGCUGUUCCAGUUCUCUAACUCGGUGAACCACGCUCACCAGCCACAGUCUUCGGCUAGAGCUCCAGCCGGUUUCGGUGCACCUCCGGCUCCAUCAUACGCCGCUCCGCAACCACAGGCCGUCAGCUAUAGACCGCCACCACCACCUGCGGCGGCCGCUCCAGCGGCGGGAGGACACCCGCUGCCCAACCUCGCUCAGCUUGGAGCCCACAAUCCCGCUGCCGGCGCUGGAUUUGCUAAUCUGGGCCAGGUCGCCCAGCAAAACCCCGCCUUCAGGAUCCCCGUCCCCCAGGGCUACGAACAACCCGCUUCUGGUGCGCACGGAGGAUUUCCUAUUGGCCCUGCUCCGGGCGCUAAUUCGUACCGCGCUCCUCCCCAGUAUGCUGCUCCUCAGUAUGCUGCUCCCCAAGGCGCUCCAGCCGGCAACCCGUACGGGGGACCCUUCUCGUACUCCAGCUCGGUGAGCCACUCUGCCCCGCAGCAGGCCGCUGCCACACCCGCAGCUACCGGUGCUCGCUAUUGAAAAAGACCGGUCUUAAAAUCCUCAGCAAACAUCAACAUGGACAAUGAGAUAGCUCGUCUAUAGACAGACAUAUCGAUGUAGCAAUGUACGUUGUAUGUCGUAGCUGACUCCAGAAGCACCUAUGUACAGGCACAGUCAAAGCAAGAGGUGCUGAUCUACGGCUAUUUAAUGUCCUUUAUGCUGUUGUGCCAUGAUGCCAAAGAUACUCUGUGUCACCUCUUUCCUCACACUCCCUGAUUUUCGCUUUUGUUAUAUAAUCCGUCUCGCUUCUGUAGUUGCAGUCCCAAUGCAUCUAGUUCGUUAGUUUCCCUCCAUACCGAAAAUUGCCUAAAACGCCAACACUUGUAGCUUGAAUCUUUCCCAUUCCGAACCACGUUUACCACGAAUUGUCGUUGUCUUCUCCCCGCAACUUCUCGCAACCGGUAAGUUUGUAGCAGUGUAAUACAUAAUAAAUAGACAAUCACCAAUAAAUGUAGACGCUAAUAUGAUGAUAAUAAUAAAUUGAGGAAAAUUACCUUCCACUGUUUUCCAUGGUUCUGCUUCUAAAGAAAGAACCUCUUAGGGCGUUAUAUUGCCAAUAGUUUCUUCUGCAGCACAAAAUAGAGAGCAGUUUCAGAACUUGGGCUCCACAAGAAAGAGUCGAAUCGCUACGGACGCCGCUUUAACCCUGCCCUUCUAAGCAUCCAUUCCCACCUAUGCUGUAUGUCUAUGGCAUAUGUCAUAUGAAGUUAUGAACUUGAUUACUAGAAAAAAAGUUUGAUGGAAAGUCCCAAUUUUCCAACUAAUAUACAGUUCUGCCAUAAAUAAAUACACUUAAUGUUAAACUGUUUAAGGCGAUCUCUGUCAGUCUAUUUCUCCCUUCUGUGGCGACUUCUACGCAUCACUUCCAUAUAGCUAUAUCAAUCGAAGAUGUCCCAGUUUGUUCUCCAAAGAUGUGACCGUCCAGCUUGUAUGGGGAGCACAUGUAGAAUAUAAGCAUAACAACAUUAUGACAAUCAACGGAUACUGAUAAGUCACCAAGUUACCAAUCAAGUCGCGCGCAAAAAGUAGACUGUCCAAGACUUCCUAAUAUUUAUCUAAAUAAAAGUUUAUACAAAGGAUCACAGUUUCAAAACUACUGACCUUUUACAAAACAGUGCAAAUAUACGUUUACAUUACGAAAAAGUAGUUACAAAUAUAGGGACGGUGGAUUCUCUGGGACGCCAACUUCAAGGAACGAUGGCGGAUACCUUUAGAAAAGUAUGCAGAUGCUUCUGCAAGUACUAAUUAAAGGUCACCUCUAUAUACUGUUUAGCUAUAUGAAACAAUAUCGUAUAAAAUUUUCGGAUAUUUUUGCACAGAUCAUUACCGAUAAUUUUUUUAUUUUAUUUUUACCGAUACUUUAGUUUAUUCAUUUGUUUCACUAAUGAGCAGUUGUUAUAAAAAGCUUGGGUCAACGGCUAACUUUCCGUAACACCAUCGUCGAUUAACAGCCGAUUCUACCACAUGGUAAUCAGUGCGAGCGCGCAGCCCGGCUGAAUGGAGCUAGGGUGAAAGUAGGCCACUAUUUUUCUCAGAUUUAAACGAGAUAACUGGGCGUUGCCUAUCGCUAGGCUGAUGAUUCCUGUGCAAUUAAGCCCGUAAUAUGCGUGUGUGCAUGAAACUCAUUAAUUUGCGUACGUUAUUAUCAGCUAAGCUCGUAUCCUUUCCGAUUUUAAUGUAGAUGCACACCACGCCGCAUCAUCCGUCGUUAGUAUCCUAUGAAUUUCACUAAUAUUUCAGAUCAAAGUGCUAUUUCAGAUCAAAGUGCUCUAGGAUAUGUUCCGAGUAUGUGGGCGCCGGCUUGACAGCGACGUCACAUCAUGCCCAAGGACGUUUCCUUUUACCAGCAACCGUAUCGUAUCAAGGCUAUGGAUUAACGGCACCACUGAGUGGUGAGCAGUUCAACGCCGUCUAUUAAUCUGAUUGCUACAAACCUAGUGAAAUAUUGUUAGCUUGUAGAAUCAACAGAUGUGCGAAGACCGUCUGCGCUCGUAGCCUUUAAUAGCCUCUCGAUGGUCGUGCUUUUGGUACCAUGUGAGCGUGUUCGUUUAAAACGACUCCUUCGUCACCCAAAUAUAUUGGCGUUUUAGUACCAGACUGUCCGCAUAUGGGUACCGAAGCCGAUUAGCUAGGGGCUACUAUCCCCGUCCUCGCUUUGAGAUAAAUAUUGUGGUAUUAAGGUGAAAAGAUUGUUUGGUAUUCAAAAAAGGACAUUCAAGGUGCACUUACAUGGCUUGUACCGUAUGCAUUUUGAACGCAAGAAGAAAGGUAGUAAACGAGUAGAAAAUGGUGGAGAAUAGAAGUAUUAAUAAUAGGAACUUCCAAAAGAACGUAUCUAUUGUUACCAGAUUGUUACCAGAGGCAAAUAACAUUGCCUAUUCGCAUAAUUUUGACAAUGUAUGCUCAUCUGAGCAUACGUAUUUUUAGAAAGAUGAGCUUUGAUAUAUUUCUUUCGAGACGAUACGCAAACUUAAUACUACUGGUCUUAUAUCACGCUAUUGAAGAUCGUAAUGCACAGAGCAAAAUGGCAGUGUGUUGAAAGUCUUCAGAAAUCAUUUGUGAAGAUACGUUCCUGAAACGUGGGAGGCUAUUCAAAGCGUUACGCACGACAAUGCUGUAUGCAAAUAGGUUCGUCGUUGUAGUAGUAGUAGUAGCAACCCACGUUCCCUUACGUAGAGCAAAGGUUCCCUUUCUCGUUACAUCUUCACUGCGAACACCAAGUGACAAUUGUAAGGUUAUUUUGUAGUGAGAGAGGCUCGCUGUCGGAAGUGGAGCCAAGCGCACGUCCGACAAAUAGUUUAUUCUGCGCUUUGAAAUGGUCAAAAGUCUAUAAAAAAAAAAAAAAGCCCAGAUAUUUAGGUCACGUACGAAGAUGAUUGUA